AUGAGUAAUGCUGAAGUUCCCUGUAGCGCAUGGAAGAAUGGAAUUCUUCACAGAGCUGCCACACCUUUUUUGGGCUUGGGCGCCCUAGGCGCAUGCAAAAAGAUGCUGCUUUCACAGAGGCAGCCGGUAGUGACGCAAUGGAGCCUAGAGCCGGCGCUACUUCGAGUCCCUCGUCGUCCCAGCAGCACGCUGCUGCCGAAGGUGUGGAGGACCGGACAAACUCCACUCAGAGAAGCUGGACUCAUGGGCUUGAGCUUGCUUUGCUUCAAGUGCCGCUCUAGCGCAUCAAGCAAGCAGGCAUACGGACUGGCGCGAGUCCGUGCGCAUGCGACAGCCGUUUCCACGACUGCGGACACUCUGCCUGAUGUAGCCCCGGAGGGCCGAGGCUCGUCAGAGAAGCAUCCACAACUGCAGUUGAAGCGAGACGGUGCAGGCAACCCAGAAAAGUUGAUGAUCACAACGCCCCUCUUCUACGCAAAUGGCUCUCCUCACAUUGGGAGCGCCUAUCCAGCCAUCGCAUCGGACGUUCUAUCUCGCUAUGCCAAGCUGCGGGGAGCGGAAGUGCAUUACGUGACUGGCAUGGAUGAGCAUGGCGAGAAGAUUGCACAAACUGCAGCCGACAGCCACAAGACUCCACAAGAACUGGUGGAUGGCUUUGCUGAGGAGUUUCAGGAGCUGUGGCACUUACUGGACGUUGAGGCAAACCACUUUGCGCGGACCACUCCUGAAAAACACAAGGCGAUUGUCCGCGAGAUGUGGCAGAGGUGCCUGCAGAAUGGAGACAUCUACAAGAAGGAUUACACUGGAUGGUAUUGCGUGGGUUGCGAAGCAUACCUGGACAAAGAUGAGAUGUUGGAGGGCCACGUUUGCAAGAUCCACCAGAAGAAAUGUCUCCAACGAAGUGAAGAGAACUAUUUUUUCCGAUUGUCAAGGUAUUGGGAUGACAUCCGUCGGCACGUAGAGAGCAACCCUGAUUUUAUUCUGCCUACAAGCCGGCGAAGCCAAAUCUUGGUUUGGUUAGAGGAGGACAACAAGCGAGACUUUUCCAUUUCACGGGCGAGCACUUCUUGGGGAAUUCCUGUACCCGAUGAUGAUUCGCAGGUCAUAUACGUCUGGUUCGAUGCUCUUUUGGGGUACCUUUCCUCGCUGCUGAAACCUGACGACCCGGCCACAUUGGACAUGGUCUUGUCGAGAGGGUGGCCCGCGGAGGUGCACAUGAUCGGGAAGGACAUCAUGCGAUUUCACGCCAUCUACUGGCCGGCCAUGCUUAUGUCUGCCGGGCUGCCCUUACCAAAGCACAUCUGCACGCAUGGGUUCCUGACCAAGGAUGGCCUGAAAAUGGGUAAGUCGUUGGGAAACGUGGUGGAGCCAGUUCCACUUGUGCAGUCUUUUGGUGCAGAUGCAGUUCGAUUCUUCUUCGCUGGGUGCUUGGCAUUCGGCGAAGAUGGCGAUUUCAGUUAUGAGACCUUCAUUAAGAGGGUCAACAGCAACUUGGCCAACGAGCUUGGCAAUCUGGUGCAUCGGAUCCUUACUUUGUCCAGGAAGAACCUGGAGAAGGCUUGCUCCCCCCAGGACUUGGCAACGAGCAGCACGAGCUUGGACAACCAUCCCGUACGUCUCGCAGCGCGACGGGCCUCAGAAGAGGUCGCCCGCCACUACGAGCAGUUGGACAUCCCCAAGGCUAUGGUAGCUGCGUUUGAGCUCGUCGGAGCAGGCAACUUGAGGAUGACCCAGGUCGAGCCCUGGGCAAAGUUGAAGAAGGGCACUGACGAAGAAAAGAAAGAGGCAGUCUGUGAGCUGCUGAUGAUGGCAGAAGGAGCACGAAUUUGCGCUGUGCUGUUGUCACCGGUGACACCUCAACUGAGCCAAAAGAUCUUGGAAGAGUUCGGCCUGGGCUCUGAAGGCGACUUGUCCUGGAGUCAGACUGCGUGGUCCUGGGAUGCGAUUCCUGGAUUAGCAGCUGGGCCGAAGCCAACGCCGGUCUUUCAGAGGAUUGACCUUGAACCUUGGAAAGGCAAAUGA